ACACAGGGAGGAAGGAGAACACACACACACACACACACACACACACACACACACACACAGAGAAGAGAGAGAAAGGGAUUGAAGCCUGUUGAAGCAUCUAGACAGCUCAAAGGUAGAAGCGUGUUUCUGACGUCAGUGGAAGUGAACGACCACGUGUCCAGACUUCUUCCUGUGACAGUGGUUGGAGGAUGACAUAAGAUAUGGCGUCUGUUCCCGCCUCGUCCAGAGAGACCGGUGCUCUGGAGAAGACGCUCACGUGCUCCAUCUGCCUGGACGCGUUCGAGGACCCCGUCACCACGGACUGUGGCCACUCCUUCUGCAAGAAAUGCCUGAACGCCAACUUUGAGUACAACGACAGGAUGUGUCCGCUGUGCAAGAAGCCUCUGAGCAAAACCCCUGAGGUGAACAUCGUCCUGAGAGACAUCGUCCAACAGCAGAAGGAGGGAAAGUCUCUGGAGACAAACACCAAGUUGUUCACUGGGCGGGACGGCGAAGUGGCCUGCGACGUCUGCACAGAGCAGAAGCUCCGGGCGGAGAAGUCCUGCCUCGUGUGUCUCGCCUCGUACUGUUCCUCCCACCUGGAGAACCACUGUUCCACCGAGAGGCUGAAGGGCCACAAGUUGGUGUCUCCGGUGGAGAACCUGGACGACAGGGCCUGUCUGAGGCACGGACGCCCGCUGGAGCUGUACAGCAGGGGGCAGCAGAGGUGCAUCUGCGUCCGCUGUCUGGAGGACGGUCCCGAGGACGUGGUCUGCACCGAGGACGAGUGGGAGCAGAAGAAGGUUCAAAUUGAAAACGCCAAGAGGAGAUUAGAAGCGAAAAUCCAGAGGAGAGAAACACGAGUGGAUGAGUUGAACAGAUCUGUGAAGAGCUGCAAGGAGCAGCUGGAGAACGAGUGGUGGGACGUGGAGGCCGUGUUCACGGCCGUGCUCUCCGUAGUGGAGGAGGCGCAGGCCCGAGCUCUGCAGCCGCUGAAGGACCGGAGGCAGGUUCUGGAGAAGGAGGCCGGGAACCUGAAACAGGAGCUGGAGGCCGAGAUCGGCCGCUUCAGGACGACCAUCGCUGAGCUGGACGAGAUCUCCACACUCGAGGACCACGUCCACUUCCUGCAGAACUUCCCAUCGCUUCACGACCUGGACGACGUCACAGACGGGGCGGAGGUGGAGGUCGACACCUCACUGAGUUUCGGGACAAUGAGGAAAACCACGGGACUCAUGAUGGAGAAGGUUCGACAGGAGCUGGAGAAGCUGACGUCCAUCGAACUUAAGAGAAUUCCAAAGUUUACAGUGGACGUGAAGCUGGACCCGACCACUGCGCACCUGCGCCUGGUUCUUUCUGACGAUGGGAAGGAAGUGAAAGAUGGCGGCGAGGAUCAGGACGGGAAAGAUGGCGGCGAGGAUCAGGACGGGAAAGAUAGCGGCGAGGAUCAGGACGGGAAAGACGGCGGCGAGGAUCAGGACGUGAAAGAUGGCGGCGAGGAUCAGGACGGGAAAGAUGGCGGCGAGGAUCAGGACGGGAAAGAUAGCGGCGAGGAUCAGGACGGGAAAGACGGCGGCGAGGAUCAGGACGUGAAAGAUGGCGGCGAGGAUCAGGACGGGAAAGAUGGCGGCGAGGAUCAGGACGGGAAAGACGGCGGCGAGGAUCAGGACGUGAAAGAUGGUGGCGAGGGUCCGGAAGUGGACAAAAGGUCGGAGAGGUUUGACAUGUUUGCCAGCGUCCUGGGGGUCAACAGCUUGACCUCUGGGAGGUCGUACUGGGAGGUGGAGGUCAGCAACAAGAGUGGCUGGGACCUGGGCGUGGCCAGAGCGGACGCCAACCGCAAGGGGAAGCUGUCGCUGAGCCCGGACGACGGCUACUGGGCGACCGUCCACUACGAGGACGACAAAUACGCAGCUCUGACUGCGCCGCCGCUCGCCCUGUCGCUGCCGCAGAAGCCGGAGAAGGUGGGCGUGUUCGUGGACCACGAGGAGGGAGUGGUCUCCUUCUACGACCUGACGGCUCAGUCUCACGUUUACUCGUUCACCGGAUGUUCGUUCAGCCACAAACUUCUCCCGUAUUUCAGUCCACACGUAAAACACCAGGACAGAAACUGUGACGCUCUGAUUAUUUCUGCUGUUGUGAAACCAAGUGAGCAGGAAAAGAUGGAGGAGUGAUGAAGAGUUGGAGGAGGAGUGAUGAAGAGUUAGAGGAGUGAUGAAGUGAGAGAGGAGGGGUGAUGAAGUGAGAGGAGUGAUG